AUGGCAGGCUCUGGUGAGCGCAAAGGCAAGAAGGAUGACAAUGGCAUUGGCACAGCCAUUGAUUUUGUGCUCUCCAAUGCCCGACUGGUGCUGGGGGUGGGUGGAGCAGCCAUGUUGGGCAUCGCUACACUGGCAGUUAAGCGGAUGUACGAUAGGGCAAUCAGUGCCCCUACCAGCCCCACCCGCCUGAGCCAUUCAGGGAAAAGGAGCUGGGAAGAACCGAACUGGAUGGGCUCUCCCCGGUUGAUGAAUAAAGACAUGAAGACAGGCCUCAGCCGGUCCCUACAGACACUUCCCACAGACUCCUCAGCCUUUGACGCAGAUACAUUCUGCCCGCCCCGGCCCAAGCCAUUGGCCAGGAAGGGCCAGGUAGACUUGAAGAAGUCACGACUCCGCAUGUCCCUGCAGGAGAAACUUCUUACUUACUACCGGAACCGGGCGGCCAUCCCUGCUGGCGAGCAGGCUCGGGCCAAGCAAGCUGCCGUGGACAUAUGUGCCGAGCUCCGGAGCUUCCUGCGGGCCAAAUUGCCUGACAUGCCACUUCGGGACAUGUACCUGAGUGGCAGCCUCUAUGAUGACCUGCAGGUGGUGACGGCUGACCACAUCCAACUCAUCGUGCCCCUUGUGCUGGAGCAGAACUUGUGGUCAUGUAUCCCCGGUGAGGACACCAUCAUGAAUGUCCCUGGCUUCUACCUGGUUCGUCGUGAGAACCCAGAGUAUUUUCCUCGUGGUAGCAGUUACUGGGACCGCUGUGUAGUAGGGGGCUACCUCUCCCCAAAGACAGUGGCAGACACAUUUGAGAAGGUAGUGGCUGGCUCCAUCAAUUGGCCAGCCAUAGGGUCCCUCUUGGACUAUGUGAUCCGACCAGCACCACCCCCAGAAGCCCUGACUUUGGAAGUGCAGUAUGAGCGUGACAGGCAUCUUAUCAUUGACUUCCUGCCAUCAGUGACCCUUGGCGACACCGUCUUGGUAGCCAGACCACACCGGCUGGCACAGUAUGACAACCUAUGGCGGCUGAGCCUGCGUCCCGCAGAGACGGCACGCCUGCGGGCUUUGGACCAGGCCGACUCGGGCUGCCGAUCGCUGUGCCUCAAGAUCCUCAAGGCCAUAUGCAAGUCCACGCCGGCUCUGGGCCACCUCACUGCCAGCCAGCUCACCAACGUCAUCCUCCACUUGGCCCAGGAGGAGGCUGACUGGUCUCCAGACAUGUUGGCCGACCGAUUCCUACAGGCCCUGAGGGGACUCAUCAGCUAUUUGGAGGCUGGAGUCCUGCCCAGUGCCCUAAACCCCAAGGUGAACUUAUUUGCAGAGCUCACUCCUGAAGAAAUAGAUGAAUUGGGAUAUACUCUCUAUUGCUCAUUGUCAGAGCCAGAGGUGCUGCUGCAGACGUAGGGCAGGUGGAGGCCUAAGUGGGUGUCAGGUGUCAGACCCUGGCUUCUCCGUUAGAAUCACUUGGCUGCAUAGUUGGUGCCUCACAGGGUCCCUAGGUGCCUCCUAUCUUGCUGGUCAUCACCCUGUCACUUCAUGCUGAUCAGAAUGCCAUCUCUUUCAUCUCCUGUUUUCUCACCAUCCCUUUCUUUUUGUUACCAAACACUGUGCUCCUUCUCCUCCCCUCCCCCUUGCUCCAGGCUAAUUUUUCUGGAAUGAAUUGAGAAGGCAGAGCACCGGUCUGAGCUGGUGUUUUGCAUUUUGGUCCAACUUUUCUGUUCCUGUCUGCCCUGUCCUUUGGCCUGUUUCUUUAUAGUGUCUUCCCCAUCUUUUCCUCUUGGUUUCGCCUUCUGUUGUGCUCUUUCCCCUGGAGCAUAUCUGCCUCGUCAAGGUGUUGCCUUUUCAUUGAUCGGCACCGAAGAGUUACGGUUGCCUGUUUCCGAGCUGAGCUCCGCAGUGAGCACUCAGACAGUAUUUAGAGUUUCUGGGGGUAGAGGUGGCUGAAGAGCUGCCCUUUGACCCAGGUUCCCGGAGAAGCAGCCCAUCUCCCCCGCCUCCCAACCAGCUCAUAUUCCUAAGUGCUGAGAAGCCCUCACGGGAACACUGUUAUUGACCCACACAGGAGUGAGGCUCAAUAUAAACUGGAUGCAAAGUUGCUUGGAGAUUGUGUUUUUUAGUGGCCAUCAGUGAGAGUGCAGUGGGAGAGUCGGCAGCAGGGAAGAGGGCCUAAGGAAGGGUGUGUUUGCCUCACUCUUGGCUGGCCCAGAUCAGCACUGCCUUGUGGAGGAAGACGAGGGAGGGGUCUGUUGGGAUGGCACCUCUGCCCAAAUGCUGUUUGUCAACCCCUUCCUUGCCUUAUGCCAAUUAGGAUGAGACCCUCAGGGACACAGCCUCUGUGGUAGAGGCUGAAGGGAGGGUGACAGGUGGCAAACGGCUGAAAAACCCAGUCACCUGUUGAGGCUUGGCGACCAUGUUUCUUCCCCACAAGGCCCUGCCUUCCCAGGCCCCCAGCCUAUUCAUUCCCUAGUGUUUGCCACAGGAACAUGAGGAGGGUGUGCUCCACUCUCCAGGCACCGCCGGAGGCCAGAGGGCAAGCAGACAUGGGCUGACCUCUUCCCCGUCCUGUCUCACCCCACACCUGGGGAGACUGGUGCUACCCAGGAAGAGGGCACAUGGGUAAAACACGGAGGAGGGGAGGCGGCUUCCUGCGCUCCCUCUGCUUUCCUGCUGCUAAGUCAAAAGUUUCCUGAGGGUGAGGAGGAGCGUUUCAUACACCACCUUGUUCUGUGCUUUUUUUUUUUUUCCUGUUCGUGGCAAGAAGCCAAUAAUAAUUGUUUUUGAUCUGCCCAUCCAGUAUUUUGUUCUCCCAUCAAGUUUUAUUAUUUUUUCUCUUUGUACUACCUCUCCAUCAGCGAGAUUCUGGUGAAGCUCUCCGCAGCUGUCUCAUUCCUCCCCAGUGACAGCAGCAGGAAAUGAUUCUUUAAAUAGCAUUGAAACCUCAGCUACCCUUUGAAUUUAGGGUAGAGAUUCCUGUUCCCUUUUUGUCAUGGAUGAGGAGGUUGCAAACUAGGGUUAACCUUGGCUGUAUUUGGAAAAUUUUCCUCCUUCUUGCAAGGUUCCUAAAGUGGUUCAUUUGUCAUUUGUAUGAAACUAUUGAGAGAAUGAAAAACCUAAAGCCUGGAACUCUUCUCCAUCCUUGGCUGUUCAUCAGAAUCAGUUUAAAGAAAAUCUCUGUGCCUGAGUGCUACAUGAAGUGACUGGCAUCAUGGUACAGGGCUGAACCUGGCAUCCAUCGGAGGGAAGGGAGAAGGGAGGUUGCAAAAGCAUGGGUUAGUCUUGAGAGAAAGGAUCUCAUUUUCCUAAUGUAUUACAGAACCUAGUUUUCCCAAGCUGCCAUCUUUGACCAAAUUCCAUAUAAAACAUUGGAAGGAGAGCUGAAAGAACGGUUUUAAAGACUUAAGUCUCCAAUUAUCAAAGCCAGGUGUAAUUGUGAUUUGAAAUUAUCUCCUUUCUUAAAGAGUAUCUUCCUAAGGUCAUCUCUGUCUCUUAACUAGGUUUCACAAAACCAAAAACCGUAACUUUCCCAUUUCACAAGCCAGAACCACCUGGAAGUCCUCAAAACUAGGAGCAGUGGGAGUUCUUGGCUCUGGUCCUGGCAGGUUUGCUGACUGAGACUGGACAAGCCUUGUAAAACAUGGAAGAUAGUCCAGUGCUUUGAUAUUCUUGGAUGGAAGAGGGUAACAUUUUGCCUAACCUCUACCCUCCCUCCAUGCCCACCCCCCACCCAAUUUUUUUAAUCUUCAGGGAAGGAUGUUGUGCCUUUCCCUGCAGUUCUGCCUUUCUAGUCAGUAACUCCCACCUUUGCCUGAAGUAAUGGCAUCUGCUCCUACUUUUCCAUCUUGACAUUUUCUUCACCAUCUAGGUUAGCAUACCGUGAGUUAGCCGAAUGCUUAAAAAAUACAUUCAUUGUCUUGAAAGCCUAAUCAAUUCCAAAGUGUAUUUUGUUUUUUUCCCUGUUGCCCCUUCCUUAAAAAUGAGUUCAGGAUAACAGUAUUUUAUAUGCUUGGUUGUGACUUUUUCCCCCCUCAAAUAAAUAAUCAAAAACUAAUGUUUGGAAAAGCUGUGUUGAGGCCUGUAGUCUUUCCACUUGGGUCUCAGCCCCUGGUGGUCUCCCUAUUCAUACUCCAGAUUAGCUGAUUUUGUUCCCUUGUACUCCAUUCAAGUUGAGAUUUUUUAAAAAAUAGAUUUAAGAGAGCACAGCAGGGGGAAGAGCAGAAGCAGAAGGGAGGGUGGUCAAGCAGAUUCCCUGCUGAGCAGGGAGCCUGACACAGGGCUCAGUCCCAGGACCCUAAGAUCAUGACCAAAAGUUGGUGUGUGGUGUUUUUUGUUUUGUUUUGUUUUUAAAGUAGGCUCCACACUCAGCAUGGAGCUCAACACAAGGCUUGAACUCAGGACCCUGAGAUCAAGAGCCAGAUGCUUAACUUACUGAGCCCCCCCCCCCCCCCAGGCACCCCUUGAAAACACAUGGUUUUUGACAAGAAAUCAGCUUCAGGAUCACAAGGUCCUGGAGAGGCCCCAGGAGGGGCUCUGUAAGUAGAGAACCCUACAUGUGUCUUAGUCCUCUGCCAUGGCGUACCUUCCUUGAUACUGUGACCCUGGCUGAAAACUUCUGCUCACAGGUUUGGUUAGCACAAUGCCCUUCCUGCUAAAAGCUCAAGGCCAAAGAGAACCAUAAGGACACUUAGUAGAGCUGUCAGCUGUGGCCCUUUCAAACACUGCUGAUUCUUAAGUGGCCAAAACGCCAGAUGUGGGUUCUGAGGCUGUGUCUAAUGUGUUUACUUUGUCAUUCGGAUCACCCUGUAGUCUUUAAAUUCUUGGUCUCUGAGACCAAGUCCACAACUUGCCUUCCAGUCACUUGUCUGCCCUUUAGUAGCAGUGGAUACAUUCAGCUGGUAGAUCUGGAAUCCAUCACUGGUCUUUCUGUCCCACCUUGGCUAGGUCUACACAGAAGCAGCUUAGCCCUGAGACCCGGACAACUGCUAUCUUUUUUCUCCUUGAGGGAGGAAAUAAAGCUGGGGAACUUGAAGUCCUUCCACAGCAUGGAAAGAAAAAAUAAAAGUCUCCUUUCCAACAG